ACGUGUCCCACUAUCUCGAGCAGCUUCAGCGGACAGAUGGAGGCAGAAAGCACCGGUGGAAACAUGGGGGGGAAAGAAGACGUGGAAAUGGCAGAAAACCCAUUUGAGCCUUACAUUGAAUCUCUGCGACAGCAGCUGGAGGACCAGGACCCAGUUUUUCUGAUCGGAGUCAUCGUGGCUCUGGCGGUUGUUGUCAUCACCUGUGUAUUUCUGAAGUACUUUCUCUCCAGUAAAACCGUCCGAAGUGCUGUGCUGCUGGUCGGUCUCUGUGACUCCGGGAAAACCCUCCUUUUCAGCCGGCUGCUGUCAGGAAAGUUCAAGCGGACACAGACCUCUAUCACAGACAGCAGUGCUCCAUACAAAGCCAAAAACGACAGGGGCAGCACCUGGACUCUGAUUGACCUGCCAGGACAUGACAGUCUGCGCUCUCAGUACCUGGAGAAGUUUAAAUCUGCAGCCAGAGCGAUUGUGUUUGUAGUGGAUGCAGCCAUCUUCCAGAAGGAGGUGAGAGAUGUGGCAGAGUUCCUGUACAUGUUGUUGACGGACACAGUGAUCUCCAGGAACGCCCCGGCUCUUGUUGUGGCAUGCAACAAACAAGAUAUCACCAUGGCAAAAUCAGCUAAACUGAUUCAGCAGCAGCUGGAAAAGGAAUUGAACACCUUGAGAGUGACACGCUCUGCAGCCCUGAGCUCUCAGGACGGCUCUGUUGGCGGCAGUGUGUAUCUGGGGAAAAAGGGUAAGGACUUUGAGUUCAGCCAGCUGUCACUGAAGGUGGAGUUCCUGGAGUGCAGCGCCCGCGGCAGCAAGGGUGAAGACGGGGAUGCAGACAUUGAGAGCCUGGAGAAGAACCUGGGUAAACUUUAAAAUCCACAACCUCAGUGCAGAAUCUGACUCAAGAGGCACAGACCUCGGAUCAACGUCCACCGUCACCUCAGUAAUCGAAGCGGGGAUGACGAAUGCAUCUCAGUGGAUUUAUUCGACAGGAGUAACCAGUCGCCCCUGUCUGUGCUGGCUGUCAAUGCAAGUUGCAUUUAAAGAUGGAAAAACUCAAUCAAAAAAACACCAAAAAGACUGAAAGUAAUGAAAUGAAAAAUGAUGUAGCAGUUUGUCAUGUUGCUCUGCAGAAAUGAUUUAUUCAGCAUAAAUCUUACUGUGAACUUCCACCUCAGAGCGCUUCAUUUGGGUUAUUUAGAAAAUAAAUUGUCUAAAGAAUUUCAGUAAAGUCCAAUUUGUGCUGUAGCUGCAAUUUAAAGAAAAGUGAUUAUAGGCCAACAGUUUAUCACCAUUUUUGUUUUUGUCUCAACUUGUCUGAUUUAUAAGCUGCUUUGUGAAAACAGACAGGCAUGAAUUGAAUUUGUGAAUCAACUUGGACAGUCGGCCUUGUGCCUUUCUCUGGUUUUCUUAUAGAAAAGUGUUUUGCUUGUUUGCUAAAAAUUGAUUUGUUUGAAAGUGUUGCGUGAAUACAGUGCAUUUGCAAUGAAUGUAUGAAUUUAUUGAGGUUUGUUGUUUGUCUGGCUUGUUUAAAAAACUGACAAUAUAAAGUUUUUGAUGCCUGA